AUGGCCUCAAGACUCAAGAGCAUGCUAUCCAGCGCAACGCAACAUGGUCAGCUUCUACUUCACCCCAAUGUCCCCACCACUAAUAUUAAACACCCCGCAGAGCACCUCUGGACCCGACCACCUCCCUUCCUAGCACCCGCCCUACGCUCCUCCCUCUCCACAACGAGCCACUCUCUCUCUCCUCAAAAGCAAAAACCUCACCAAACCCGCCUCUUCCGCCAACGUAAGUCCGCUGCACGCAAAGAAGCCAACCUCUCGCGGCGCGCCACCCUUACCGCGGAACGCACCCUCGCGCAAGGCGACCCAAUCCGAGGAAUCCCAACACCCUUCCUGCGCUCCCUCAUAAAUCCCAUCUCCGAUCCCGCUCCCUCACUCGUCCCCGACCCCGCCGACAAAUCCACCUCCGUAACCACGCCAGACGCUUCUUCCGUAGACCUGACGGCCUCAUCCCAAGACACCGCCCUCACCUCUGCCCCUAUCGACACCAGCGACCCCCAGGGCCUCACCCACGGCCUCACACCCUCCGAACUCACCACCUCCCUCCAGCGCAGCCGCUUUCUCACAGCAACCACAGGCCCAGAAGAACGAAAACGCGAAACAUACAAAAAACGCAGCGAAGCAGACGAAGCACGGCACACGCUGGCCUCAGAAGCCGUAUCGCGCAUCGUCUCGCUAAGCAACGCGUCGAAUCUGCAGCGGCGCAAACGGUCAGCUGAGCGGGUCAUCGAAGCGUUCGGUCGGCACAAUACGGACUCCAUCCUCACUCCCAAGCCGGCUGCUGCACCCCAGCAACGAAGGGCUUCAUCUAGCGCUGCAGGAUCAACAGAUCUCAUUCCCGUAGCUGCAGGAAACAGUGAUGACGGUGGGGCUGGGGCAGGGGCUGGGGCAGGAAAGAUACCAAGAGCAGGGCCAGAUACGGGAUCGUCGGAGGUGCAGAUCGGCAUGCUGACGCUGAAGAUCAAUGCGCUGGCGGACGCGUACGCCUCGUUCGGAAAGCAUGAUAAAGUCAAUAAGAGGAAUUUGAGGUUGUUGUUGCAUAGGCGGCAGAAGCUGUGUCGGUAUUUGAUGAGGAAGGAACGCGGGGGGCCGAGGUGGAGGAAUUUGGUGGAGAAAUUGGGGUUGGGGGCGAGGUGUUGGGAGGGGGAGAUUGAGGUGAGGUAG